CAGCAAGAACACAUGGUGGGUCUGGAAGAAACUGAACUCAUCAGGGGGUGACACCCCUGAACUUAACUUCGUCUUGAAAGCAUCGACAAUGACUCUCAGGAAACCUAUAUAAUGCUGCCUCAACGAGGUGUUGGUCCCCAGUGAAGAGCCCUCGUGUCUCCUCGCUACAUAAUCGGUUGUCGCACUCAAUUUGUUCAUCGCAGUUCAAUCCAACAACACAGCAGUCACGAUGGCCUACAACAUCCACGUUGUUAUCCUCAAUACGCACCGCAAUGCGCUUUUUGAGGUCGUCGAGCAAGUCGUGUGGUACAACGCCAACGGGGGCAUCUGGACCAACACCAGCGACACCCGCACGUUGACCAUCAACGGGAGCGGCACCUCGGGUGCGCUGCGCUUCCGAAACCCCAAGAAUGGCGAGGAGUUCUUUGUCCCGCUCGGGAUCGACAGCGACGUACGCUGGUGCGACCUCGUCAUGGACCUCGGUCCGGGCGACACGGCGAUGAAGAUCGAGCCCCAGUACUACGACAGCAGCGGCAUCUAUGUGAACGCGCGAGAAUCGCAUCUCCCGAAGGCUACAAAGAGGAGCUCCAAGGGAACCGAGGUCAAUGUGGUGUACACCGACGAGGACCCGGUGAAGAAGGAGUACCAGGUCAGCAUCGCGAUCUCUGGGUGAUGGUGUGAGUCGAGCUAGUCGUCGGUGGGUGAUUGGGAGAGUCCGCUGCUGUUGCUGUCACGGUUCCAUGUUGAUGUAACGCUGUACGAGAGCUCGUGUACGGUG